AUGGACCUGUUCAGAAAGAAGCCCACCAUGAAGGAGCAGGUCAGAGAGUCGCAACGCGGCAUCACCAAGGGCGUUCGAGAGAUCGACCGCGAGCUGCUGGCCCUGAAGCGAGAGGAGGACAAGCUGAUCCGCGAGAUCAAGGCGGCCGCAAAGGGCAACAACCAGGCCGCCACCAGGGUGCUGGCCAAGAGCCUCGUGCGGCUGCGCGCGCAGAUCACCACGCUGCAGGCCAGCGCCGCGCAGCUCAAGGGCGUCGGCCACAACAUCACGACGGCGGCGGCCACCGCGACAGUCUCGUCGGCGGUGGGCCACGCGUCCAAGGCCAUGGGCGCGCUGCAGCAGCAGAUGGACCCCGUCAAGAUGCAGCGGCAGCUCGCGGCGUUUUCGCGCGAGAACGAGCGGCUGGACAUGGUGGGGGAGAUGGUGGGGGACACGCUGGACGCAGCGCUGGACGGGGAGGAGACGGAGGAGGAGACCGGGGAGCUUGUCAGCCAG